GAAGAGAUUGUUUAUCAGUCUGAGUCUGUACUCCGACCAUUAUAAAUACACCUUCAUGACUUUGUCACCUACUUCAAUCUACAACCUUACGAACUUUCAAACAACACAUCUUACAGCAACAACAAAAUGACAGAUCACGCACCAGGUUCUCACUUGUGUGAUGAGAAUGAACCUAGAGAAAUGAAGCUUCAACAAAAUAUUGAGAAUGAAGUUAGGGGUCUAAUCAAAAAAGCAACAAACAAUGCCACUCAGAAAGAUCUUCAAGGACUCAGAGAUGGAAACUCAGAGAUCAAAGCAAAACUGUCCCCCUUAGAUGAAAGAAUCCUAGAGCUCAUCAGAAAGCAAGGUCUUUACAAGCUGGUAGCAGGAGGCCCUUUUCAUGGAAUGACACCUUCUGCUUUGGAUUUUAUCUACAAAACAAUUGAGGACAAAGACGUAUCCAAAAAUACCGAACUUCGUAAGAAACUCGAAAAAGCUCUGUCUAACUUGCAAGAGGAGAUCUUCAAAGAAGAUAAGAAAGCAACAACCUCGGAAAAGUUGCCCAUACUUCCUCUUGAAAUUCAGGAAACAAUCUGGAAUUGCGUACUUCUAGAACCAAAAGUUGUGCGCGUCGGUAUCCUGCCAACAGAACGCACAACAGGAGAACCGGAAUACCUCUGCGGUGAACUUUGCCAAACCGAUAAGCACACACCAAUGUUACUCGAACGAAAUCACAUUCUCAAGAGCUCUCCAUGUCCUCUCCUCGCCGUCAAUAAAUACUCUCGAAGACAGGCAUUAGAAGUGCUUGGCCUCUUUUGGGAACAGAAACGCCCGUGUGAACAAGCCGAUGGCGGUUAUGUUUCAUUCAAUCACAUAUAUGUCAACUGGGAGAUCGACACCGUAUGGUUGGACUACAACCUCGCCGCCGCAUGGCAUGAUAAUAAAAUGGACCCAAGCGAUAGACUGAUCACACCAAUGCCAGCAUACGAAAAGGUGCGUCGUCUUGCGAUACCAGCAGAGUCUAUCGAAUGGCCUUGCGAGAAACACGUAUCGAAUAUCGGAGUAGCGAUUGCAGGUUUCACAAAUCUAAAGCACUUGGCUGUCUUAGUUCCGCAGAAAGAGACAGCAUGGAGCGACCCGAUUUUGGUCACAACAUUACCAGCCAAGACAUUCUUCAACUUUCUAGAUAACUUCGGUUUGGAGUCACUUGGGAUUGGUCUCGAGGACUUUAUCAAUGAAGAUAGAUACGGAAUUGAUAUUGAAGAUUUCAAUAUGCGUGAGCUGAGAGAAUGUGUAUAUGGUGCUUUUCAGCACACUCUCGAGAAAUUCAAUGCUUCAGAUCGAGAGGAUCAAAUCGCAGCGGGAUAUAUACGCGAUCUCUCCACCUGGGAAUGGCCAGACGUUCAAUACAUGGAAUUGAGCACAAUAAAGAAGGAGAAAGUCAGAACUAAAGCUAAGGCUCUACUUGAUGCUCUGCCAGCAGGUUCCUGUGAAAUUGAUGAGGAAGACACAAACGGACGACGCAGGGGUGUCAACCUCAUUAGAGAUGUUAUAAUACAUUCGCGAAGUUAGGGAUGGAGGGAUAUUAGGGACAGGUAGCAAUUACUGAUCGAGAAAGGACUAGCACCUUGGUUGGUUUGCCCCUGCCCCCAUGCUAGAGUUGCAAUAAGGGAUGCUUUGCAAUUCUUCAAUAAACCA